CCGCACCGCGCAACGCACGCUGGGGGUCGGCUGCCGGGACCAAGAUGUCGCUGAGCAAGAAAAGGAAGCUUGAGUCGGUGGGCGGCGGAGCAGGAGGGGAGGGAGCUGAGGAGGAAAAUGGCGGGGAGCAGGAGGCAGCCCCGCCACGACCCCGGAGGACCAAGCGCGAGCGGGACCAGCUGUACUACGAGUGCUACUCCGACGUAUCGGUCCACGAGGAGAUGAUCGCCGACCGCGUCCGCACCGAUGCCUAUCGCUUAGGCAUCCUGAGGAACUGGGCCGCGUUGCGAGGCAAGACCGUGCUGGACGUGGGCGCGGGCACAGGCAUUCUGAGCAUCUUCUGCGCCCAGGCCGGGGCCCGGCGCGUGUACGCUGUGGAGGCCAGCGCCAUCUGGCAACAGGCCCGGGAGGUGGUGAGGCUCAACGGGUUGGAGGAUCGUGUGCACGUCCUGCCGGGCCCGGUGGAGACGGUGGAGCUACCGGAACAAGUGGACGCCAUCGUAAGCGAGUGGAUGGGCUACGGACUUCUGCACGAGUCCAUGCUGAGCUCCGUGCUCCACGCGCGGGACAAGUGGCUAAAGGAGGGUGGUCUCCUCCUGCCAGCUUCCGCAGAGCUCUUCGUGGCCCCCAUUAGCGACCAGAUGCUAGAAUGGCGUCUGGGUUUCUGGAGCCAGGUGAAGCAGCACUAUGGCGUGGAUAUGAGCUGCAUGGAAAGCUUCGCCACGCGCUGCCUCAUGGGCCAUUCGGAGAUCGUGGUGCAGGGUCUGUCCGGAGAGGACGUGCUGGCCCGGCCGCAGCGCUUUGCCCAGCUCGAGCUUGCUCGCGCUGGCCUGGAGCAGGAGCUGGAGGCUGGUGUGGGCGGGCGCUUCCGCUGCAGCUGCUAUGGUUCCGCGCCUCUACACGGUUUUGCCAUCUGGUUUCAAGUGACCUUUCCUGGUGGGGACUCGGAGAAACCUCUGUUGCUGUCCACCUCGCCUUUGCACCCGGCCACACACUGGAAGCAGGCGCUCCUCUACUUGAAUGAGCCGGUGCCAGUGGAACAGGAUACGGACAUUUCAGGAGAGAUCACCCUGCUGCCCUCCCGGGAUAACCCCCGGCGUCUGCGCAUACUUCUGCGCUACAAAGUGGGGGACCAUGAGGAAAAGACCAAAGACUUUGCCAUGGAGGAGUGAGCACUGCCUUUUCUCCCCUCCACCUUCUUUGGAAGGUCAGAGAAGAAAGGGAGAUCGCCUAUGCAAGUAGAGGACAUAGCUGUCUCUUUUACCUCACCGCUUCUGGUUAAGGGAGUGACCAAUCUUCAUUUGAGGACAUUCUUCUGGCAAUGUUUAUUUUAAAAGCACGGCCAGUGUCAGCGUGGCUGUAUAUGGAGAGCAGUGUGCCACAGGGUACCAGAUGACUCAAAGGAGCCCCACAGCCUUUGGGAUGAAGACUCCCCGGGGAUGGUUGAAAGCCUGAGGUGUGUGUGAACACCCAGGCACUGUCUAAUGUGUUGUGUGGACUGGGACUGGUAACUUGAAGCCCUUAGGGCUGCAGGCUGGAAUUAUCAGACCCUAGAGAGAGCAUCAUGGUAAAGUUCCACCUACCUCCCUCACACCUUACAUUUAUUUAGCCCUCUAAGAAUUUCCAAUUUUGUCAUUAAUUUGUUAAACCAAUGAGCAUAGUUGCUAAGAAUACAAUCUGAUAGUCACUGUGAUAGGCACUUGGGAUUACAAGCCAGUGUGAACUCUGCCCAUAAGAGGUGUCCACCACUAAAGGAAGUAAAGGCCAUAUGGUAGCUUAAUUAGGACCUGGAUGGUUUUAGUGUCAGAAAAGAUCGAAUAUUAGUUUUACACACUAAGUAAAAAGAUUCCUAUAGAUGCUGAUAGACUUGUCUAAAGUUGCGUACACAAUUCUUGUUUGUGAAAUGGGAUCAUACAUUGUGCAAGGGUGGAUUGGAACCCAGCGUGGAGCUGAGGAUGACUUUGCACUCCUGAAGCUCUUGCCUCCACCUUCCAAAUGCUGAGUUAAUAGCUCUGUACCGCUGUGCCCAGCAUUAAUCUGGUUUUUGGCAGAACCUUAUGUUACGCACAACUGACUUUCUAAGUAAACAAAAAUUCACUCUCCGUAUACUAAUCCUGCAUUCUUCAGUUAAAAACAGGAAACUACCUGCCACCUUAAUGGUAACAAGGGUUUUAUUCUUUGAUGAUGAAGGGAGAGUGUUACAUACUAGAAAGUCUUAGAGCUGCCCAGAAGAACCAUCUGCAGUGUAUAACUUCUUGAAUUUGACAUAGUAGGCACUCAUUUGGACAGCCCCAAUGUUUAUUUCCUUAACACUAAUCAAAUGUGACACUUUCUGGGAUCCCCAGAAAACUGAAUCCAUGACAGUAGCAAAGGCAAGUGAACUCUAUCAUUUGGUCAUUUGGGCAGAGAGACAUGGAUGCAAAAGAGAUUAAAAAAAAAAUGGAGUUCAAGGUGACUGAAAGACAGGUGCUGCAAACAGCUGCCUACAUCGAGUUUACUGCCAGCCCUGCUGCUAUCCCCACAGUUUACACAGUGCUGAGGAAAGAUGGCUCCUAAGGAGCGUUUACUAUCAGGCCCCACUCCUCCUCAUGCUCAUCUCUGUAUAUGUGUCUCCAUUAAUUUCAUUACCAACAGCUACAUAAUAUCUAAGCAGUAUAAUAAAUGAGCACAUCUGCACCUUAAAGAAUAAGAUACAGUGGGAACAAUAAAACAACACCCGUGAUUUUCAUGCAUCCAUAAGCCUGGAAAUCUUUCCCACCUCUGAGCUCUGCUGAGCAAGGAUGGAAAAGCAGCUGUCAUCCUUUAAGCCUCUCUGAGGAUCAAAAGUCCUGUUCCUGUCAUCAGGAAGAUUGUGAACACCUGGGAAACUUUCCCAUCUGAUGUUGUGAAAUUAAACAAAAUAUUGGUCUGCUCCAUAAUAGACAAAGUAUAUUAAAUAGCUGAUCCUCAGCUACUAAAUUAGAAUCUCUUAAGCCAAAUUUAUGCUCAGCUGUGUAUGUAUGUGUGCAUCUUCCCCAGCUUUCUGUGGGAUUCCCAUGCUUCAACUGCUGAUUUGUCCUCUCACUUGUAAUAAAUAUUAUAUGUAUUUUUCAAAUCUGUAACCUGGUUUAUUCUUUUGGGCAUUAAAGUACUUUUGGAGAGCUGGA